AUGGCAAGCGCCCCUCAGCUGUCUGAGCUAUUUGGCGCAAUCCCCGUCUCUCAACAUCCGAAGCAAUGGGAUAAAUGCUACAAGGAAUCGCUGAGCCCGUGGGAUCGAAAAAUGCCCUCUCUAGCGCUGGCAGACCUUCUCGUCCAACGUCCAGACCUCCUCCCGCCUGCGCAAGAACUCGACCCCCGCGGUAGCCCUCUUCGUUCAUCCCCCACCAGCCCCGCAGACUCGCGGUCCGCGCUCGUUCCCGCCUGUGGUUUCGGGUGGGACGCACUGCUCCUCGCCUCGUUCGGUUACAAUGUCUGGGCUCUCGAUGUGAGCUCGACGGCCAUUGAGAAGGCCAAGGAAAUCGAAAAGGAGUCUCUAGAAAAAGACUGGUACAAGACACGCGAACAUUUCGACCGGGGGUCCAUUACCUGGAUAACGGCCGAUUUCUUCGACCAGGACUGGGCCAAAAAUGCAGGUGUUGACGGGACCGGCAAGUUUGAUCUAAUAUUCGACUAUACGUUUCUCUGCGCCCUCCCACCUCAGACGCGACCCCAAUGGUCCCAGCGCAUGGCCGAACUCCUCCAUCACAAAGGCCGUCUAGUCUGCCUCGAGUUCCCCUCAGGAAAGCCGCUGUCGAGUGGCGGGCCGCCGUGGGGGGUCUCUCCCGAAGUGUACGAGGCUCUUUUGACCUGCCCCGGCGAGCCCAUAGAGUACAACAGCGACGGCUCGGUCAGCAGUCCACCAAGCCCAAAACCUCGAGACAACGCCAUUCACCGACUGAGUCUCAGCAAACCGACCCGGACGCAUCAAGCUGGUACCAAUGAAGACGGGACUGUCAAUGAUUUCAUUUCCGUUUGGAGUUUUUAG